UUUUUUUUUAAUCGCGAUGUUUAAUUGUUUCACCGACGUUUUUGUUCGUCUGCUGACACGCCCUCGAAGAACAUUAAAUUAAGCUAUUUUGUGAUUGGCGGGUGCUUUUUUGUGCGCUAACAAACCCGGAAAAUAGUAAAGAGAAGCAAUCAUGCAAUAACUUUGUGGGAGGAGUAGCGAAUAUAACCGCUUGUACGCCGCCGCUCCACUUCGGAUCAUCGUUCACAUUUGAAAUCGUUUUCGACGAGGUUGAUAAUGGCCUACGCGGGAUACGGUGCAGCUCCGGGAGGAAUGCAGCAGCAGGAUCCUCUCUAUGGAUACUUUGCAGCGGUCGCAGGGCAAGAUGGACAGAUCUCCGCAGAUGAGCUGCAACGAUGCCUCACUCAGUCCGGCAUCUCCGGCACUUAUCAACCCUUCAACAUGGACACCUGCAGACUGAUGAUCAACAUGCUGGAUCGAGACAUGUCGGGCACCAUGGGCUUCACCGAGUUCAAAGACCUGUGGCAGGCUCUCAACGCCUGGAAGAACAUUUUCAUGUCCUUUGACCGCGACCGCAGUGGCACGGUGGAAGCUCAGGAGAUGCAACAGGCCCUCAGAUCCCUUGGUUUCAAUCUGAGCCCUAACGCAAUGAACAUGAUAAUGAAGCGCUACAGUGUCAAUGGAAGAAUCCCCUUUGACGAAUUUGUGAGCUGUUGCGUUCGACUGCGCGGCUUGACUGAUCAUUUCCGACGCCGUGACACAUCUCAAAAUGGCACCGCCGCCUUCCAGUAUGAUGAUUUCAUCCAGGUGACCAUGAGCAUGUGAGGAAGGAUGCGAGGGAGGGACACCUUUUUAUUUUUUUAUGCGUAGACUCAUCUUUAUUCAAAUGUAUUUUGUUUAUGCAACAGAACCUUCAAAGUCCAACAAUGCUUUCGAAUUCCACCAACAACAAAAAUAUCACUUGUCAAAAGUCCUCGUCCAGGCUGCUCUACAGUUCACUAUCGAUGCAUGUGGAGACAAAUUAAUUUUACCAAGCAGAUGCUAACACUAUUGCGAACAUAUUGCAGAAACUUCUCGCCCAAAAAAAACACACGCGGUCUACCGCCAUUCGUUUACUCCCCUGUAUAGUGACGACUUCAUUACAUUCCAAGCAAGAACUAUAAACAUCAGCAGGAGUUGCUAUAAGCAAACAAUACACUUUUUUUAAACCAGUCUUAACGUUUACCACAGACUCCCUCCUUGUGUUAGUACAUCAUUCAUUCAUUCAUUUCCCAUACCACUUAUCCUCACUAGGGUCUCUGCAUGCUGGCGGGGCCAGAUUUGUACCCGGGUCCUCAGAACUGUGAGGCAAAUGUGCUAACUCGUCAUUCACCGUGCUCCCUAAAAAAACUUUUUUUAAAAAUUUAUAUGAGACUUAAAACUUUGGCUGUACAGUUCAAGUUUUGACACGGAACGAAACAGAUUUGUCUUUAGAGGUUCUGCUGUGCAAUGAAUAUAUGUGUAAGUUACCACUAUUUUUCACUCUCCAUUAACAUCAACGCCUGGAUAUGCUGUGCGCUAUCAAUGUAUUUACACAUGAUGUCUAUUAUCUAUGUAUACACUCUGUUACCUUUUAAAAUAAGAUGUCCAAAUAGAAGAAAAGGUGCUACUAAACUUGUUGGUCAAAGUUGGUUCUCAGACGACAGCAGACCUCAUGAACUGGAAGGAGAAAAGAUGUAGCGAUAUAUAAAAAUACAAAAACGGUAAGGAACAUUAGAAGUAAGUGGUGCAUGAAAAGGGGAUUUGUCGUUUUGCUUUGAUUGACACAUAAUAGCUAGUUUAAGUUAGGCUAAAAUAGAGCAGGUACACAAUCUGUAAUCCAUGUUGUGUGCUGUAUUAAAAUUGGACUCAAUCCCUGCAACAUAAAGCUCGGCCUAUUGUUUCAGGAAUACAUUGGACCCCCGUUAUUCGCAGCGGAACGCGAAAAGCGAAACUCGCCAAUUAUUGUUGCAUUGGGGGAAAAAAAAAAAACCCCAAAAACUCUUGAAUGAGCAGGGAUAAACCAACAAUAAAUGUUUUUAAGGGUGGUAAUUGUAAAGACUACAGAAAGUAGGGUGGUACUGGUAAGUUAACGUUGGUGCUAAAGUUGGUCGUCUUAGCGUUAACAUUUGAGGUAGGAUUGGAAGCUAACGUUGGUCACUUUAGUUAGAGGUAACGAAAGUAGUCACGGAAGCAUUAAAGCGAUCUAAUGUCAGAAGCUAACAAUGGAGGCAAUGUUGAAAGCUAAUGCUGGAAACUAACAUUGAAGCUAAUAUUUGAAGCAAUUGUUAAAGGUAAUGGUAAAGCUGACAUUGGAAAAUAAUUGGAGGCAACAUGGGAACAUGGCAUUGAUGCUAACUUCAGAAUCUAACAUUAGAAGCUAAUAAUAAAGGUGACCUUGAACCCAAUAAUGGAGGCUAACUUUGGAAUCUAAUGUGGGAAGUAAAUAUUGGAGUAAAAACAGUAUUGGAUCACAUUGACUUGUGUACCUAAUAAAGUGUCUUGCAACACUAAACAUACCUGCUUGAAAGAGAAGGUGGCCACUUGGCAGUCACAUGGCAAACUGAGGAGGUGAGCUUGGAAUCGAUCUUUUGGAAUAUUAAACACAUAAAUAAAUAACCUUUAUAACUGUUAUAAAGAGUUGUAAAGCUAAGCAAACCACAAUUAAACAUAAUCAAUUGCGAAAUAGAUAUUUCGUAUGUAUGCAUCUUGCUGCAAUAAAAUAAAAAUACAAAUAAAAUGUUAAAAAUCGAACUUGAGUCACUCAAUGUUGAAUUAUGUCGUCGAUGUGUAUGUAAGGUAAUUUUGUUACCUUUAAGGAUCUGCAUUCGGGUCAACAGAGCGAUGAAGUCAUCGUACUCGAGCUUCCCUUGCCUGCUGUACUCCAACCACAGCGUCUUUAAGCUGUCCUUAUCCAGCUCAAAACCUGUGAGAAAGACACACCACAUACUGAAUCAUUUAACUUGGUGUCCCGCAUGGGUUACUACUUGAGCCUCUGUUCUUUCAAACUAACAGGCACAAAAUGCUGGUACUUUCAAAGCAAAAAAUGUAUAGUAGUAUUGGUCAUUCAAAUUCAUUUUAUUAAAUUGG